AUGGAUCCUCAGGCUAAGCUGCUGAGCUACAUUUGCGGUGAUUGUGGGAUGGAGAACACACUGAAACCCAGUGACGUCAUCCAGUGCCGUGAGUGCGGUUACUGCAUCCUUUACAAGAAGUAUACCUGUCGCAUUGUUCAGUAUGAGGCUCGCUGA